AUCACUCCAGUUGUGAUCAUUUUAUUCGAUUAGUCGUUAACUUGAUUGAACAGCACGAUGGCCUGGGCGCAGCUUCUUUGUUUUCUGUGCCUCGUAUAUCUUUCAGCUUUUGUCUGCAAUUGUCAUGAAGAGAAGAAGGUUCAUGUUGUAUACAUGGGAGAUCUUCCGCAGGGAGGGGAGUCGCUUCAAUCCACGCAUCACAACAUCCUUCACGACGUCCUAGGAAGUCAUUCUUUGGCCAAGGAAGCACUACUACACAGUUACCAGAGGAGCUUCAAUGGAUUUGUAGCCAAACUUGCAGAUGCUGAGGUAGCAAAGCUUAGAGCUGCGAAGGGAGUGGUAUCUGUGUUUCCUAACAGGAGGCUCCAACUUCAUACAACAAGAUCAUGGGAUUUCUUGGGUCUACCUAGAUCCGAUCCUUUAAAGCCUACUGAAGGAAACGUGAUUGUGGGGAUGCUCGAUACAGGUUUGUGGCCAGAGAGUAAGAGUUUCCAAGAUGAAAGCCUCGGUGCACCUCCUUCGAAAUGGAAAGGAACUUGCCAAGCAACCAAUUUUACAUGCAACAACAAGGUCAUUGGGGGGCGAUACUAUGAUAUUGCAAACAUGUCCGUUCCUGGUGCUGACAUCAGAUCACCAAGAGACGCAGAAGGGCACGGAAGUCACACCUCGUCAACUGUUGCUGGUCAAGAAGUGCAAAAUGCAAGUUUUUACGGCAUUGGAGAAGGCAUUGCAAGAGGUGGAGUUCCCAGUGCAAGGAUUGCAGUGUAUAAAGUAUGCUGGUCCUUCGGCUGUAAUGAUGUCGAUAUCUUAGCAGCCUUUGAUGAUGCAAUUGCUGAUGGUGUUGACAUCUUAUCUGUAUCACUUGGUAGUAAUACAGCAACACCAUACGAUAAAGAUUCAAUUUCUAUCGGGUCUUUCCAUGCCAUGAAAAAGGGGAUCUUGACCUCUUGUGCGGCUGGAAAUAGUGGUCCAUAUCGGAGAAUGGUCUCAAAUUACUACCCUUGGGCACUGACGGUUGCAGCAAGCACCAUGGACAGGAAACUUGUCACGAAAGUCGUGCUUGGGGAUGGACAGACCUUUGUGGGGACUUCACUCAAUGGUUUCACUCCCAAUGCCACCGCGUUUCCAUUGGUAUAUUCUGGAGACGUGAACAAUGUAACUUUUGGGGUUGGCCCGGAGAUGUCAAAGCUGUGUUUGUGGGGUACUCUUAGUAGUAAAGCCGAAGGGGGAAUCGUUCUCUGUGAUGUUACCUAUGAUGGUGCAGCAGCUCGCAUGGCUGGUGCAGCGGGUAUUAUCAUGCCAAUUUCAUACUUUGAGACUGCGUUCGCUUUUUCUGUACCAGCAGUUUUGAUCAGUUAUGAAGAUCACGCCAAGUUAUUUGAUUACAUAAGGACUACAGAAACACCAAUUGCUACAAUUCUCCACACUGAAGAAUUCAAAGAUGUCAUGGCUCCUCUUGUCGCGGCAUUUUCAUCAAGAGGACCAAACCCUAUCAGUCCAGAAAUCCUCAAGCCCGACAUAACAGCACCUGGGGCUAACAUUCUUGCGGCAUGGUCUCCUCUUGCACUCGCUUCAUUAGAUAUAUUUGAUAGUAGGAGAGUUGAUUACAACAUAAUUUCUGGAACAUCCAUGGCUUGUCCCCAUGCUACUGGCGCUGCUGCAUACGUUAAGGCUUCCCACCCGGACUGGUCUCCAGCAGCAAUCAAGUCGGCCUUAAUGACUACAGCAACCAUUAUGGACCCAAGGAAGAAUGCUGAUGCGGAAUUUGCAUACGGUUCUGGCCAAAUUAACCCAAUGAAGGCCGUUGAUCCUGGUCUUGUGUUUGAUGCAUCAGAAUCAGAUUAUGUAGAUUUCUUAUGCAAUGAAGGUUACAACACCAGUCUAGUAAGACUCAUCUCUGGUGAUUCUAGCAAUUGCUCAACACCUGGCAAAACAUGGGACUUGAAUUACCCAUCUUUCGCUCUCUCUUUAUUAGAUGGAGAAGAAGUGAGUGCCUCAUACACAAGGACUGUUACCAAUGUGGGAUGUCCAAAUUCUACUUACAGUUAUGAAGCCUUUUUGCCACCAUCCUUUAAUGUGACUGUUGAACCUGAAGUGUUAACAUUUACUGAAGUUGGAGAGAAGAAAUCAUUUACGUUGAAUAUUGUUGGACCGCCAAUGGUGCAAGUGCCAAUUGUUUCAGGCUCACUGGUGUGGACAGAUGGGAACUACACCAUCAGAAGCCCGAUAGUGAUUUUCAACGACAUGCCUACAAGCUUUCUCACUUCAACUGAAAGCACACAGAAGCAAAAUUCAUUAGUGAAGAAGGUGCUUGAGCUACCACAGGGGCAAAAGUAUAUGAACAAACUACAACCUGUCCCUAUGACUAGAAUUACUGUCCCAGGAAAAUAUCUAGCUUGAGAUGGCUAGAAUUGAGACACUUUACUAAAAAUAAAGGCGAUUAACGUCAGACUACUACAGCUAAUACCACGGCUAUUUGCAAGAAACAGAAGUGAAUUAAUAAGACUAUCUUUUCUGACCUUUC